UCUCCAGCUACUUCACUGACCCCAAAUAUUGAGUCCAGGAACGUUGCCCAUCGGGGGAAGGGAAGAAAGAGAAAAGGGGCAUCAGAGAGUGCAUGCAGAGAAAGAAGAGAAGAAGGAAGGAAAAUAUUAAGGAGGGGGAGAGAAGAUUGGGUGUGUGUGAGAGACAUCGGGCAUCCAUUUGCACAUAAGGUCAGAAGACAACUUUUCAGGGUGGUGUCUUUCCUUCAGUCAACAUGGCUACCUCAAAGGCUCCCAAAGAGAGGCUGAAGAACUAUAAGUACCGAGGCAAAGAAAUGUCAUUGCCACGACAACAGAGGAUUGCUUCCAGUCUACAACUCCGGAAGACCAGGAAAGAUGAGCAGGUGCUAAAGAGAAGAAAUAUCGAUCUGUUCUCCAGUGACAUGGUUUCUCAAGCACUAGUCAAAGAGGUCAACUUCACUCUGGACGACAUCAUCCAAGCGGUGAAUAGUUCAGAUCCAAUCCUGCAUUUUCGGGCUACCCGGGCUGCCAGGGAAAUGAUCUCGCAGGAAAAUACCCCUCCUCUCAAUUUGAUUAUUGAGGCCGGGCUCAUUCCCAAGCUGGUGGACUUCCUGAAGGCGACACCUCACCCCAAGCUGCAGUUCGAGGCCGCAUGGGUGCUCACCAACAUUGCCUCAGGAACUUCAGAGCAGACCCGAGCUGUUGUGAAAGAGGGUGCCAUUCAGCCCCUGAUUGAACUCCUCUGUUCCCCACACCUGACAGUGUCUGAGCAGGCAGUGUGGGCCCUUGGGAAUAUCGCUGGAGACUGUGCAGAAUUCAGAGACUGUGUCAUCUCCAAUAAUGCCAUCCCACACCUGAUCAACCUUAUUUCAAAAGGCAUACCAAUCACAUUUCUUCGGAACAUCUCAUGGACUUUGUCCAACUUAUGCCGAAACAAAGAUCCAUAUCCCAGUGAGAGCGCCGUGCGGCAGAUGCUACCUCCCCUCUGUCAACUCCUGCUGCAUCGUGAUAAUGAGAUCCUCGCAGAUACCUGCUGGGCCCUGUCCUACCUGACCAAGGGUGGCAAAGAGUAUAUCCAUCAUGUGGUGACCACUGGCAUCCUGCCCAGGCUUGUAGAGCUUAUGACCAGCUCGGAACUCAGCAUCUCGAUACCUUGUCUCCACACUAUAGGCAACAUUGUGGCAGGAACAGAUGAACAGACCCAGAUGGCUAUCGAUGCUGGCAUGCUGAAGGUGUUGGGCCAGGUCCUGAAGCACCCGAAGACCUCCAUCCAGGUGCUGGCUGCCUGGACCAUGAGCAACGUGGCCGCUGGGCCCAGACACCAAGUGGAGCAGCUUUUGUGUAACUUGCUGCCUAUUUUGGUAGACCUACUAAGGAAUGCAGAAUUAAAAGUCCAGAAGGAGGUUGUGUGCACUGUGAUUAACAUUGCAACAGGAGCCUCUCAGGACCAGCUGACUCUGCUUGCCCACUCGGGAAUCUUGGAGCCAAUGCUGAGUCUGCUCUCCGCCCCAGACUUGGAGGUGGUCAUCAUCGUCCUAGACAUCAUUUCUUAUCUCCUCCAGCAUAUAGACAAUCUACAAGAGAAGAAAAGGCUGUAUUUUCAGAUAGAAAAAUUUGGUGGCUUUGAAAAAAUUGAGUGUUUACAGCACCACCACAACAUUUCCAUCAGCAAUAGCGCCCUGGACAUCAUCGAGAAAUACUUCUGUGAGGAUGGAGAUGGUGACAGUUUGCCCGGGCCUGGGCUGAGAGUGUGAAUAUGUGGGGUACUAAGACAUCUCACACACCGGAUUGUAUGUCAGCCAGAGUACCGAUCGAUCAUGGACUUCCACGUGGCGUGGCUUCUGGCGAUAGUACUGACCACGGACAUCCACAUGGUCUCUGGUGGCAGUACAGAUAUUGGACAUCUGAGCUGGGCCCCUCUGCCACAGCAAGAGCCACGGACAACAUCACAGCCCUCCACAGCAGCACAGGCCAGUGACAUCAACACGGCUUCAGGGGGCAGCAGAGACCCGACACCAUGGCAUGACUGUCAGUGGUAACACAAGCCACCGACAUCAAUACCUCCCCCUGCUGCAGCAGGACCACAGACGGACCCAAGCACGGCCCUGGGCAGCAGCAGUCAAAUAUACGUGGCAAACAUUUUUUAUCAGCCGAGGGAUCAACGAGGGACCAUGUCUUUUGUUUUUGUUGCCGUUAUUAAUCUUUUUUUGUUAGUCUGUUUCUUUUGAUUGGGGAACUGAGAUUAUUAAUAUAUAGUUAUUAAAAAGCA